AUGGGGCUGCAAGCGAGGCGCUCCGCGUCCCGGAGCCCAGGCGCCGCGGGCCCGCGCCCCGGUGUCCUGCCGCUGCUGCCGCCGCCGCCGCUGCUGCUGCUGCUGCUGCUCUGCCCGGGCGCCUGCGGGGCUGCGGCUCCCGGCCAGGCUGAGGCGUCCACUCCGUAUCUGUGGAAGACUGGUCCGUGGGGCCGAUGCAUGGGAGAUGAAUGUGGCCCAGGAGGCAUUCAAACCCGGGCUGUGUGGUGUGCUCAUGUGGAAGGCUGGACAACGUUACACACAAACUGUAAACAGGCCGAGAGACCCAGUAAUCAGCAAAACUGUUUCAAAGUGUGUGACUGGCACAAGGAGUUAUAUGACUGGAGGCUGGGACCCUGGAAUCACUGUCAGCCUGUGAUUUCCAAAAGCCUGGAGAAACCCCUUGAGUGCGUUAAAGGGGAGGAAGGCAUUCAGGUGAGAGAGAUAACAUGCAUCCAGAAAGAGAAAGACAUUCCGGCAGAGGAUAUCAUUUGUGAGUACUUUGAGCCCAAACCUCUCCUGGAACAGGCCUGUCUCAUCCCCUGCCAGCAAGACUGCAUCGUGUCUGAGUUUUCUGCCUGGUCAGAAUGCUCCAAGACGUGUGGCAGUGGGCUCCAGCACCGGACACGGCAUGUGGUAGCGCCACCCCAGUUUGGAGGCUCCGGCUGCCCGAACUUGACAGAGUUUCAGGUGUGCCAGUCCAGCCCGUGUGAGGAUGAAGAGACCAUGUACAGCUUGCAUGUGGGGCCCUGGAGCUCGUGCUCAAUGCCUCACUCCAGACAAGUAAGACAGGCAAGGAGACGUGGGAAGAAUAAAGAACGGGAAAAGGACCGAGGAAAAGGAGUGAAGGAUCCAGAAGCCCGUGAACUUAUUAAGAAGAAAAGAAACAGGAACAGACAGAACCGACAAGAGAACAAAUAUUGGGAUAUCCAGAUCGGAUAUCAGACCAGAGAGGUUACGUGUACUAACAAGACGGGGAAGGCUGCCAAUUUGAGCUUCUGCCGACAAGAGAAGCUGCCAAUGACCUUCCAGUCCUGUGUGAUCACCAAAGAGUGCCAGGUGUCAGAGUGGUCAGAAUGGAGUCCCUGCUCAAACACGUGCCGUGAUGUGGCAUCCCCAAAAGGCACUCGUGUCAGGACACGGAUCAUUAGGCAGUUUCCUAUUGGCAGUGAGAAGGAGUGUCCAGAACUUGAAGAAAGAGAACCCUGUGCAUCUCAAGGAGACACAGUUGUCCCCUGUGCCACGUAUGGCUGGAGGACUACAGAGUGGACUGAGUGCCGGGUGGACCCUUUGCUCAGUCAGCAGGACAAGAGGCGGGGCAACCAGACUGCCCUCUGCGGAGGAGGGGUGCAGAUGCGAGAGGUAUACUGCGUGCAGACCAAUGAAAACCUCCUCUCGCACUUAAACACCCACAAGGACAGAGAAGCCUCAAAACCAGUGGACUUGAAAUCAUGCACUGGCCCUGUUCCUAAUACUACACAGCUGUGUCACAUUCCCUGUCCUAUUGAAUGUGAGGUGUCACCUUGGUCAGCUUGGGGACCUUGUACUUACGAAAACUGUAAUGACCAGCAAGGCAAAAAAGGUUUCAAACUGAGGAAGCGGCGAAUUACCAAUGAGCCCACUGGAGGCUCUGGGGGCACUGGGAACUGCCCUCACUUACUGGAAGCCAUUCCCUGUGAAGAGCCAUCCUGCUAUGAAUGGAAAGCAGUGAGGCUCGGAGACUGUGAACCAGACAAUGGAAAGGAAUGUGGCCCAGGCACUCAGGUUCAGGAGGUUGUGUGCAUCAACAGUGACGGAGAAGAAGUUGACAGACAGCUGUGUAGAGAUGCCAUCUUCCCCAUCCCUGUGGCCUGUUAUGCCCCAUGCCCAAAGGACUGUGUGCUCAGCAUGUGGUCUGCGUGGUCCUCCUGCUCACACACCUGCUCGGGGAAAACCACAGAAGGGAAACAGAUACGAGCACGAUCUAUUCUGGCCUAUGCCGGUGAUGAAGGUGGAGUUCACUGUCCAAAUAGCAGUGCUCUGCAAGAGGUACGCAGCUGUAAUGAGCAUCCCUGUACUGUGUACCACUGGCAGACUGGCCCCUGGGGCCAGUGCAUCGAGGACACUUCCGUAUCGUCCUUCAACACAACUACAACUUGGAAUGGGGAGGCCUCUUGCUCCGUGGGCAUGCAGACAAGAAAAGUCAUCUGUGUGCGGGUCAAUGUGGGCCAAGUGGGACCAAAAAAGUGUCCUGAAAGCCUUCGACCUGAAACAGUGAGACCCUGUCUGCUUCCUUGUAGGAAGGACUGUAUUGUGACACCAUAUAGUGACUGGACAUCGUGCCCCUCCUCAUGUAAAGAAGGGGACUCCGGAGUCAAGAAGCAGGCUAGGCACCGGGUCAUCAUUCAGCUGCCAGCCAAUGGAGGCAGGGACUGCACGGACCCGCUCUACGAAGAGAGAGCCUGUGAGGCCCCUCAAGUGUGCCAGAGCUACAGGUGGAAGACUCACAAAUGGCGCAGGUGCCAGUUAGUCCCUUGGAGUGUGCAACAGGACAGCCCUGGAGCCCAGGAGGGCUGUGGGCCCGGACGACAGGCAAGAGCUAUUACUUGUCGAAAGCAAGAUGGAGGACAGGCUGGCAUCCAUGAAUGCCUCUGGUAUGCGGGACCCGUGCCAGCUCUCACCCAAGCCUGCCAGAUCCCCUGCCAAGAUGACUGUCAGUUUACCAGCUGGUCCAAGUUUUCCUCAUGCAAUGGAGACUGCGGUGCAGUUAGGACCAGAAAGCGUGCUAUUGUUGGAAAAAGUAAAAAGAAGGAAAAAUGUAAAAAUUCUCAUUUGUACCCCCUGAUUGAGACUCAGUAUUGCCCUUGUGACAAGUAUAAUGCACAGCCUGUGGGGAACUGGUCAGACUGCAUUUUACCAGAGGGGAAAGUGGAAGUGUUGCUGGGAAUGAAAGCGCAAGGAGAUAUCAAGGAAUGUGGUCAAGGAUAUCGUUACCAAGCAAUGGCAUGCUACGACCAAAAUGGCAGGCUUGUGGAAACGUCCAGAUGUAACAGUCAUGGUUACAUCGAAGAGGCUUGCAUCAUCCCUUGUCCCUCUGACUGCAAGCUUAGUGAGUGGUCCAACUGGUCACGGUGCAGCAAGUCCUGUGGGAGUGGUGUGAAGGUUCGGUCUAAAUGGUUGCGUGAAAAACCAUAUAAUGGAGGGAGGCCUUGCCCUAAAUUGGACCAUGUCAACCAGGCACAGGUGUAUGAGGUCGUUCCUUGCCACAGUCAGUGCAACCAGUACGUAUGGGUCACAGAGCCAUGGAGCAUCUGCAAAGUGACCUUUGUCAACAUGCGAGAUAACUGUGGAGAGGGUGUGCAAACCCGAAAAGUGAGAUGCAUGCAGAGUACAGCGGAUGGCCCUUCUGACCAUGUAGAAGAUUACCUCUGUGAUCCAGAAGAGAUGCCCCUGGGCUCCAGAGAGUGCAAAUUACCGUGUCCUGAGGAUUGUGUGAUAUCUGAAUGGGGUCCUUGGACCCGAUGCACUUUGCCUUGCAAUCAAAGCAGUUUCCGGCAAAGGUCAGCUGAUCCCAUCAGACAACCUGCUGAUGAAGGAAGAGCCUGCCCUAAUGCCGUUGAAAAGGAACCUUGUAACCUAAACAAAAACUGCUUCCACUAUGAUUAUAAUGUAACAGACUGGAGUACGUGUCAGCUCAGUGAGAAGGCAGUUUGUGGAAAUGGCAUUAAAACAAGGAUGUUGGAUUGUGUUCGAAGUGAUGGCAAGUCGGUUGACCUGAAAUAUUGUGAAGAGCUUGGCCUGGAGAAGAACUGGCAGAUGAACACAUCCUGCAUGGUGGAAUGUCCUAUAAACUGUCAGCUUUCUGACUGGUCUCCUUGGUCAGAAUGCUCUCAAACAUGUGGCCUCACAGGAAAAAUGAUCCGAAGACGAACAGUGACUCAGCCCUUUCAGGGUGAUGGACGACCAUGCCCUGCCCUGAUGGAACAGUCUAAGCCUUGCCCAGUGAAGCCCUGUUAUCAAUGGCAAUAUGGCCAGUGGUCUCUAUGCCAAGUACAGGAUGCCCAGUGUGGUGAAGGGACCAGAACGAGAAACAUUUCUUGUGUAGUGAGUGAUGGGUCAGGUGAUGAUUUCGGCAAAGUGGUGGAUGAAGAAUUCUGUACUGACAUUGAACCCAUUAUAGAGGGUAAUAAAAAAAUGGUUCUCGAGGAGACCUGCACCCAGCCUUGCCCAGGUGACUGUUAUCUGAAGGACUGGUCUUCGUGGAGCCUGUGUCAGAUAACCUGCGUGAAUGGUGAGGACCUAGGCUUUGGUGGAAUACAGGUCCGUUCCAGAGCUGUGAUCAUACAAGAACUAGAAAAUCAACAUCUAUGCCCAGAGCAAAUGUUAGAAACAAAAUCAUGUGAUGGUGGACAGUGUUAUGAAUACAAAUGGAUGGCCAGUGCUUGGAAAGGUUCUUCCCGAACAGUCUGGUGUCAAAGGUCAGAUGGUAUAAACGUAACAGGGGGCUGCUUGGUGGUGCGCCAGCCUGAUGCUGACAGGUCUUGUAACCCACCGUGUAGUCAACCCCACUCUUACUGUAGUGAGAUGAGGACAUGCAGUUGUGAAGAAGGAUACACUGAAGUCAUGUCUUCUAAUGGUACACUUGAGCAAUGCACACUUAUCCCCGUGGUGGUGAUACCCACUGUGGAGGACAAAAGAGGAGAUGUGAAAACGAGUCGCGCAGUACAUCCAACCCCAUCCUCCAAUAACCCAACAGGACGGGGAAGGACCUGGUUUCUACAGCCAUUUGGGCCAGAUGGGAGACUAAAGACCUGGGUUUACGGUGUAGCAGCUGGGGCAUUUGUGUUACUCAUCUUUAUUGUCUCCAUGAUUUAUCUAGCUUGCAAAAAGCCAAAGAAACCCCAAAGAAGGCAAAACAACCGACUGAAACCUUUAACCUUAGCCUAUGAUGGAGACGCAGACAUGUAA